CACCUCCCUCUUUGGCUACAAAAGAGCUCCGAUCAUCUCUGCAGCUCCACUAACCAGCGCCGUCUGCAGAAGUUUCCUCAGAAGUGUCUGAUCCAGCAACUCGAUCAACAUGUCUAUGACUCUGGGAUACUGGGAUAUUCGUGGGCUCGCCCACCCCACCCGCCUUCUGCUGGAGUACACCGGCACCAAGUAUGAGGAGAAGACCUACGUGUGUGGAGAAGCACCAAACUAUGACAAAAGCGGCUGGUUCAAUGUGAAAUUCAAGCUCGGACUGGACUUCCCCAAUCUGCCCUACUUAGUGGAUGGUGACAAAAAGAUCGUGCAGAGCAAUGCUAUCCAGAGGUACCUGGCCAGGAAGAACAAGCUUUGUGGAGAAACUGAAGAGGAGAAGAUUCGACUGGACAUGCUGGAGAACGUGGUCGUGGACUUCAGAAUGAGCUUCAUCAGGAUGUGCUACACUGACUACGACAACCUGAAGCCAGAGUACCUCAAGACUCUCCCUGAUGUCUUGAAGCAGUUCUCAGACUUCCUGGGAAACAGGAAGUGGUUCGCUGGAGACAGGCUCACCUUUGGAGACUUCAUAAUGUACGAUGUGUUGGAUCAGCAGAGGAUCUUUCUUCCUACAUGCCUCGAUGCCUUUAAGAACUUGAAAGACUUCCUGGAUCGCUUUGAGUCAUUGGAGAGGAUUUCUGCCUUCAUGAAGUCAGGCAGAUACAUCCGGACCCCGAUUCACAACAGGAUGGCCAAAUGGGGAAACAAAAAAAUCUGAAGACUCAAGUUUCAUAAAACCCACUCCAGAACAGCAGUGCUACUGAUUCAUAUAAGCAACACUUCUUUGUAUUUGUUAUUUAGUUGCUGUGUGCCCUUCGAUCACAACAUAAGUUAACGGGACAUCCAUAAAACCCUUCACAAAAACAGAAACACCACAACCUGUUAUUGAUGUUUGAAGAAAACCUGUCAUUUCAAUGCAGCACUACUGACAUUUGUAACUUAAAUUUUGACUGAAAAAAUAAAAUUUUGCAUGGACUUUU